UACUAAUUCCAUGCAAUAUAUGCACAAGCUCACGAUGAAUAACAUAUUUUUGUAUCUUCACAGACCAACAUUCCCAAAUUUUCACCGGAAAUGAUUGUAGAGGACCAACCGAUGUACGAUCCGAAUGAAUUGACCGACGAUGAAGACGAAGAUCGCAUCCCCAUUUUGGCCAAUCCGAUGCUGGGCAGCACUACCACCGCGGCGACAUCCACCGGUCAGCUCACCAUCCAAACCGAGAAUAUCGGCCCCGAAGGGUCGUGGCAAUGAUGAUUUCAUGAUGACCGUUUCGCCGAGCCUGUUGACACCCUCGGACUUGGAAAUCUGGCGUGCCAUCAAGCAAGGGCUGGAUCCGAAGAAGAUUCCACAGAACUACGGUUUAUCGGUCGCUGCCGGCUACGGUGAUCGUUACUCGAAGUCCAUGGCCACCACUCCGACCGCUCAGCUGGGAAUGAUAGCUGAUGAUCCGCAUGAUGGCGCUGGAUGCGACACCGGUAGCAAAUCUGCUCUCGGUUGCUGGACCCGGCCAUGGCCAUCAGCGGCUUGCGUAACUGAUGAAGAUACGAUGUCGUCGACAACAACGGAACACAGUUGA